AACUGAAUCUGUCUAACAACUCGCACACUCUGCCGUUAUAGAACUAUUUAUUGUGACGAUAGCUAGCAGUACCAGAAUAGAACAAGAAUAAUGUCAAAACAAUCAUUUGACGAUUUUUUGAGACAGCAGCAGCUGCAACCAAUUAGAGGUGCUAGUCCUAGCCCUGCUGCUGGUGCCAGAUCUGGUAAGAUGUCCUACAAUGGACAAUCCUUUGUUCCAGGUAGUGCUGCUUACACUCCAGCUGGAUCGGUUCCUACCAGUGGCACUGCCACCCCUACUUCUAUCGGUGGUGGUUCUUCUACUACUUCAUUGGCCUCAUUAAACACUGCCCUUUCUAAACUUAAUGUUGAAGACACCCCUAUACAAGGACAUUUGGUCAACAUUCAACAAGCUUCCAAGAUUGGUGAAAUUAAGCCAGAAGCUCAAGCUAUCGCUACCUUGGUUGAAGAGGCUGAUUCCCUUUCUGUCCUUUCCCAAUGGAAACUUGUUGACAUUCUCAAGUCUUUGGCCAAGCCAAAGAACCUGCCAUUAGUUAGAGAAGCAUCUUUGGUCAUUGUCCAACAAUUGGCUGCUCAAUUCGGUGGUAAGACUCCUAAAGAAGCAUACUUGUUACAAUUCAUACCCUCUGUUUAUGAUAUGUUUGCUGACAAGGAUAAGAAUGUUGUUAAGGCCGCUAAGACCGCUAGUGAUGCUCUUUAUGGUAUAUAUCCAGUUGAAGCCAUUGCAACUGUUUUCGUUGAUGAACUUUUGGCUUAUCUUCUGUCUUCUGCCAAGUGGAACUCCAAAUUAGCUGCCUUGGUUACCUUUGAUAGAAUUAUUGAAGAAGUUCCAGCUGAUUUAUUGGAAAUGAAGUUUGUCAAUGUUGUCCCAACUUUGACCGAUUUGGCCACUGAUUUCAAGCCAGAAUUGGCUCGUGCCGGUUUAAAGACUUUAAAGGCCUUUGUUAAGGUUUUGGAUAACUUGGAUUUACAAAACAAGUAUGACUUGAUUGUUGACACCUUGGCUGACCCUAAAAAGGUUCCUGAAUGUGUUAAGAGUUUGUCUUCUGUUACCUUUGUUGCCGAAGUCACCGAACCAGCAUUGUCUCUCUUGGUCCCAAUCUUGGACAAGUCUUUGAAGAUGUCUUCUUCUUCUAUGGAUCAAUUAAGACAAACUGUCACUGUCACUGAAAAUUUGACCAGAUUGGUGAACAACAAGCGUGAAAUUGAAAACUUUAUUCCAAUCUUGUUACCAGGUGUCGACAAGGUUUACAACAAUGCAUCCUUACCAGAAGUUAGAGAAUUGGCCCACAAGGCAUUGGUUGUCUUGCAAGAAGCUGAAAACGAACAUUCUGAUGGUAAGUUCCACGGUAGAUUGGCUGUUGACCAAGCCCUUCAAUACUACACUCCAGAAAAUGUUACUUCUACUAUUCAAGGAUUAGCUGAAGACUCUGUUAUUCAAAACUAUUUGGCCCAUAUUUUGACUGCUGACUCCAACGUCAAUGAUUGGAAGAGAUUGAGAGAAUACUUGAUCACUGCUUCUCAAGGUGAAGCUCAAGAAUAUGCUGAUGCUGUUAUUGCCAAACUUCGUAUUUUGUUUACCCUGGAAAACACCCAGACUUAUGAUGAUGACGAAGAAGGUGCUGUUGAAGUCGUUAACACCGAUUUCUCCUUGGCUUAUGGUACCAGAAUGUUGUUGAACAAAACUACUUUGCGUUUAUUAAAGGGUCACAGAUAUGGUUUGUGUGGUCGUAACGGUGCGGGUAAGUCCACCUUGAUGCGGGCCAUCUCCAAGGGCCAGCUCGAAGGUUUCCCUACUGCAGACGAGUUAAAGACUUGUUUUGUUGAACAUACUCUUCAAGGUGAAGAAGCUGAUAUGGAUUUGGUUAGUUUCAUUGCUUCCGAUCCUGAAUUGGUUCAUGUUGAACGUUCUGGUAUUUCCGACGCUUUACUUGCCGUUGGUUUCCCACAAGAAAGAUUGGAACAAAAGGUCGGUUCCUUAUCUGGUGGUUGGAAGAUGAAGCUUGAAUUGGCUCGUGCUAUGUUGUUAAAAGCUGAUGUCUUACUUUUGGAUGAACCUACUAAUCACUUGGAUGUUGCUAACGUCAAAUGGUUACAAGAUUACUUGAUUGAAAACACUUCCAUUACUUCUUUGAUUGUUUCGCAUGACUCUGGUUUCUUGGAUGCUGUUUGUACCGAUAUUAUCCAUUACGAAAACAAGAAGUUGGCUUACUACAGAGGUAACUUGUCUGAUUUCGUUAAGGUUAAGCCAGAAGGUAAGUCUUACUACACUUUGACUGACUCUAAUGUUAAGAUGGCUUUCCCACCUCCAGGUAUUUUGACUGGUGUUAAGUCCAACACUCGUGCUGUUGCUCGUCUUGUUGAUGUUACCUUCACUUACCCAGGUGGUGUCAAGCCAUCUUUGGCCCACAUUUCUUGUUCCUUGUCUUUAUCUUCCCGUGUGGCUAUCCUUGGUCCAAAUGGUGCUGGUAAGUCUACUUUGAUCAAGUUAUUGACCGGUGAACUUACUCCACAAGAAGGUAGAGUUGAGAAGCAUCCAAACUUGAGAAUUGGUUACAUUGCUCAACAUGCUUUGCAACACGUCCAACAACAUAAGGAAAAGACUGCUAACCAAUACUUGCAAUGGAGAUAUAGAUUUGGUGAUGAUCGUGAAGUUUUAUUGAAGGAAUCCCGUAAGAUUUCUGAAGAUGAAAAGGAACAAAUGGCCAAGGAAAUUGAUGUUGAAGAUGGUAGAGGUAAGAGAAUUAUUGAAGCUAUUGUCGGUAGACAAAAGUUGAAGAAGUCUUUCCAAUAUGAAGUUAAAUGGAAGAACUGGUUACCAAAGUACAACUCUUGGGUUGCUAAGGAUGUAUUGGAACAACAUGGUUUCCACAAGUUGCUUCAAAGAUUCGAUGAUCACGAAGCUUCUAGAGAAGGUUUGGGUUACCGUAUCUUGACUCCACCUGUUAUUAGAAAGCAUUUCGAAGACGUUGGUCUUGAUGGUGACAUUGCUGACCAUACUCCUAUGGGAUCUUUGUCUGGUGGUCAAUUGGUUAAGGUUGUCAUUGCUGGUGCCAUGUGGAACAACCCACAUUUGUUAGUUUUGGAUGAACCUACCAAUUAUUUGGAUAGAGAUUCCUUGGGUGGUUUGGCUGUUGCCAUUAGAGACUGGACUGGAGGUGUUGUUAUGAUUUCGCACAACAACGAAUUCGUUGGUGCCUUAUGUCCAGAACAAUGGCAUGUUGAAAACGGUGAAGUUGUGCAAAAGGGUAUGGCUGCCGUUGAUUCUAAGCGUUUCGAAGAUGCAUCUGCUGAUGGUUCUCCAGCACCAGAAGGUGAUGAAGCUGCUGCUGCCAAGGCUGCUGCUCCAGCUCCAAAGAAGCGUGCUGAUGAUGACGAUUCUCCAGCUAACAUCAAGGUCAGACAAAGAAAGAAGAAGAUGACCAGAAAUGACAAGAAGUUGCAAGCUGAAAGAAGAAGAUUGCGUUACAUUGAAUGGUUAAACACUCCAAAGGGUACUCCAAGACCAGCUGACACUGAUGAUGAAGAUGAGUAG